CACAGUAAUUAUAUUAAUUAUUAAGAUAAAAUAAAUAUUCUCUCACGCGGCACAUUUCCCUCACUCUCCCCACUUGUUUCCUUUUGUACUUUUCCCCAUCGAGCCGCAAAGUCGUCGUGAUCGACCGACGACCAACGUCAUCAUAUACGUAUCCACACCCAAUAACAACACCCCACGUGGCACCAAUCUAUGUACAAUCUUUUUUUUUUUUGCAUUCUCCCCCGUUUCCUUUUCUUUUCCACAAACAACGAAAGCCACGAAUCUCGAUCCUAGCUGGACACGCUCCGGCCAGCUCUAUAUAAGCAAACCUCCCGUCUCCAUUUCCAUUUGGAAAAAAGAAAAUUCUCUCCUCCACCCCGUUUCCUCCGAGGAACGGAAUCCAACAAUCCGUUUCUCCCUCUCUAAAUCUCUUAAUUUUCCGCUCCUUCUCUCUCACUCUAAAUCUCCCUUCCCCACAAAUUCGCCGGAGAGAAAAAGAUGUGCCCGUCCGGCAGGACCCUCGUGGCGGGGAUGGGGAGCGCGGCGCCGGAGCUGAAAUCGGCGUUCGACGUUCUCGACGCCGACCGCGACGGAAAGAUCAGCAGGGACGACCUCCGCCGGUUCUACGCCGGGUUUACUCACGGCGGCGAGGAGGAAGAAGAAGAAAUGAUAGGGACGAUGAUGUCCGUCGCCGAUUCGAACAAGGACGGGUUCGUUGAGUACGAGGAAUUCGAGCGUGUCCUGGGAGGGAAUCAGAAGAGGGCGAUCAUUUCUUCCUCCUCGUCGUCGACGUCGUCGGCUGCGGCGGGGGGAGUGAUGGUGGACGUGUUCAAGGCGAUGGACAAAGACGGGGACGGGAAGUUGAGCCACGGCGAUUUGAAGAGCUACAUGCACUCCGCUGGGUUUGACGCCAGCGACGACGACAUCAGGGCGAUGAUCAGGCUCGGCGCCGGCGGCGGGGGAGAGAACGACGCCGUUUCGUACGAGGAUCUGCUUAGGAUUCUGGCUGUUGAAUGUUGAUUUCUCCCUCAUCUGGUAAAAAAAUGAAAAACAAGCAAAUUUUUUUUGUUUAGUUUUUGGAUGCCAAAUGUGGUUGUUAGAUCGUUCGCUCUUGCGCGCUUGUUGUUGUAGUUUCUUUGAAUCGAAGAAUAACAUUGAGAAAUGGAAAAAUCUUCUCUAUUCUGGGUUCUGCAAAACCACACAACAAAAAUGUGCAGUGGGAGGAGGAAAGGAAAGGUAGGUGGCUGUCAAGAGAGAUGUUCAUUGUAGUUUAGCGACAGACCAGAAAAACAAAAGGAUCUAUCGACAUGUGAAUAGCUAGGCCACAUUUCGGCAAAACUUCUGCAAUUUUACAUGACGAUAAAAGGUUCACGACAAC